UAGAGGAGAGAGAAAAAGGGGAGAGAGAGAGGAGAGAGAAUUGUUUCUAUUCCUCCACAAUCCUGAAAAUGGCGUAAACUUCGUCCGAGCUGGCAGCGAGGGCAGGCUGUACCCAGCUGUCUCCCAACCCCAAAUUAAAAUAAAAUAAAAAUAUACAAUCUCACCAGUAACCCUCUUUGCACUUUCCAAUUAAGAAACUCCAAAUCCAAAUCCAAACCCCAACCAGAAAUCAAUGGCGGCAGCAGCAUUAGCAUUUGCUACAAGACUCCACUGAGACAGAAAAGAGCAUAACCAUUUACUGUGAUUCGAUUUGAUUUGAUUUUGUAGCUUAAAUGGAUCCAUGCCCAUUUGUGCGGGUCACAGUGGGCAAUCUGGCUCUCAAGAUCCCCGUCGCCUCCAAGCCCGCCAGCUCCGUCGUCCACCCUUCCUCCUCCCCGUGCUUCUGCAAGAUCAAGUUCAACAACCUCAACAUCCCCCCUCAGAACGCCGUCGUCCCUUGCCUACAUCCCGACACCCAAACCCUCGACAACCCCGCCACGGCCGCAACCUUCCACCUCAGCAAGUCCGAUCUCGACCGCCUCGCCUCCAAGUCCAUCUUCUCCUCCAGGCUCUGCCUCAAAAUCUCCAUCUACACCGGCCGCAGGGGCACCACCUGCGGCGUCAACUCCGGGAGGCUGUUGGGCCGGGUUUCGGUUCCCUUGGAUCUGGCGGGAACCGAGUCCAAGCCCAGCGUUUUCCAUAACGGGUGGGUCUCCGUGGGAAAAGGGGCCAACAAGGGCGGGUCGUCGGCUCAGUCCCAGUUCCAUUUGAAUGUGAAGGCCGAACCCGACCCGAGAUUCGUGUUCCAGUUCGACGGCGAACCCGAGUGUAGCCCGCAAGUGUUUCAGAUCCAAGGCAACCUCCAGCAGCCAGUCUUCACCUGCACGUUCAGUUUCAGAACACCCGCCGACCGCACUCAGAGAUCCAGGUCGUUACAGUCGGACCAAGGCAGCUCUCGGAGCUGGCUAAGCUCGUUCGGGAGCGAGCGAGAGCGACACGGAAGGGAACGAAAGGGCUGGUCGAUUACGGUCCACGACCUCUCCGGGUCGCCUGUGGCUGCAGCCUCGAUGGUCACGCCCUUCGUGGCCUCGCCCGGGUCGGACCGCGUCAGCCGGUCCAACCCAGGCUCCUGGCUCAUUCUCCGGCCCGGCGACAACACCUGGAAGCCCUGGGGACGCUUGGAGGCCUGGCGCGAACGAGGUGGCGCCGACGGCCUCGGUUACCGCUUUGAACUCAUUCCCGACACCAGCGGCGCCGGCGUCGUGUUGGCGGAGUCCACUCUCAGCUUAAACAAGGGCGGGAAAUUCGUCCUGGAUCUCGGGUCAGGGUCCAGUAACCGAGCCGGCCCAAAUUCUCCGGGUUGUAGCCCGAGGGGAAGCGGGGACUUCGGCUACGGGUUGUGGCCUUUCUGCAUGUACAGAGGGUUUGUGAUGUCGGCGAAGGUGGAAGGGGAGGGGAGAUGCAGCAAACCUGCGGUGGAGGUGAGCGUGCAGCACGUGAACUGCACGGAGGACGCAGCGGCUUUCGUGGCAUUGGCCGCAGCCGUUGAUCUGAGCAUGGAUGCCUGCAGGCUUUUCUCGCAGCGGCUGAGGAAGGAGCUGUGUCAGCAGUCGGAUCUGGUCGGCUGACUGGGAUGAACAACGUUGUCGUUUUAUGGGGGUUUGGUCCUUUUUUGUACUAACGAACAGACUGAUGAGGGAUAAUGUGUAGGUGUGUAUAGUGAGAGGAGAGAGAGAGAGAGGGCACACUUUGUUUUUAAUCGUGUGGCUAUUGUUUAAUUUUCCCUUUUAGUUUUUAAAUGAAGGGUUUGAUUUAGUUGCAA